CAAACAGCUCACUUCUGCUCUCCCUCUCAGUCGCAAUGAAGAUCGCCUUCUUUUCCACCCACAGCUAUGACAUCGAGUCGAUCGAGCGGGUUGCCAAAGAGGAUGGCAUCACCCCCCAGCACGAGCUUAAGUUCUUCACCCCGCGUCUAGACUCCACGUCAGCCAGAUUGGCCGAGGGCUGCGAAGGUGUCUGCAUCUUUGUCAACGACGUUGCCGACGAGGCGGCUCUGCGCGUCCUUGCUUCUGGUGGCACUAAGGUCAUGUUCCUGCGUUGUGCUGGCUUCGACAUGAUCAACCUCAAGGUCGCUAAGGAGCUGGAGAUGCCAGUGAUCCGUGUGCCUGCGUACUCGCCAUUCGCUGUGGCUGAGCACGCUGCGGCUCUAAUGCUGACGCUAAACCGCAAGAUCCACCGCUCGUACAACCGCACGCGCGAACAGAACUUCCGCUUGGCCGGUCUGUUGGGGUUUGACCUCCACGGCAAGACUAUCGGUGUUGUGGGUACGGGUAAGAUCGGAGCCCUCUUCGCCCGCAUUGCCGCUGGCUUUGGCUGCAAGGUUCUUGCCUACGACGUGGUGCAGAGCCCCGAGGCUCUGAGCUACGGCGUUGAGUACGUCAGCCAGGACGAGAUCUGGGCUCGCUCGGACAUCAUCUCGUUGCACUGCCCUCUGUUCCCGUCGACCAAGCACACCAUUAAUGCUGACAGCAUUGCCAAGAUGAAGCACGGCGUGAUGCUGAUCAACACCAGUCGUGGUGGCCUAAUUGAGACCAAGGCUCUCGUCGAAGGGCUCAAGAGCGGCAAGAUUGGUGCAGUCGGUCUGGAUGUGUUCGAGGGUGAGGGCGAUUACUUCUACUCGGACCGUUCGGGUGCAAUUAUUGCUGACGAAACCCUUGCUCGUCUCUUCACGUUCCCCAACGUGAUCAUCACGGGCCACCAGGCUUUCUUCACAAAGGAGGCCCUGGACAACAUCGGCCACACCACCAUGGCCAACAUCAAAGCGUACGAGGCCAAGGACGAGCUGGUCAACGAGGUUAAGUAAAAUUCGCAGUCAAUUCGGUGAGUCAACAUCAAUUAUAAAGCAAACAGCGAAUAAACUUUUGUUCUUG